AUGAUGGGUAGUGAAAACGUUAACGAGUCGAUAGAGACAUUCUUUGCGGCGACUCACGUUUUGGAUUUACCGAUGCGGGAAGUUAGCCCAGACCUGGUAGACGAGAUCACGCGCAGACGGCUAAUAAGUAUCGCUGGACCGAUUAAGGUGUUUCAACCUUGGACCACCAUACCGACCAACAUCACCGAUGAUUACAUGCACAGCCCCACCCUGUCCUCCUGUUACCACAAGUGCCCAACCAAGUGUCCGGACACUUAUGCGCCUGUGUGCGGUGUCCCGGGAAUCGUCGCCCGUGAACCCUCCCUAAUGUUUCAGAACCACUGCUUCAUGGACGUAGCUCAGUGUAAGAUGCGAUGGGAGGAUAAGAGCCCCACUGCGAUCAGCUCUUCCUAUAUCGAGUCCUCGUUCAUGUUCUGUUUGGGCGAUCAGUUGAACGCCAUGUACCGUUUCCUUCCACUUGUCAGGACUCUGCAGCACAUGGGCCGCCUGAAGAAGAAGGGACGCUUCAGAUUUAGAUUGAGGAACAUGAGAUUCUUCAACAGCCUCCUAACUAGAGAUCCAAAAUUGAUGGGA